AUGGAUAAAGGUUGUAAAAGAAGAUUACGAACUAAUUUUACUGAAACUCAAAGUUUAUAUUUAGAAGAAGCUUUUUUAGAAUCACAUUAUCCAGAUCAUGCUUCAAAAAGGGCUAUGUCAAAAAGUCUUCAAAUUCCAGAAGAUCGCAUUACUGUAUGGUUUCAAAAUCGUCGUGCAAAAUGGAGAAGAAUUGAAUGUAGAGAGAAGACAGAUCGUUUCUUAAUAAAACCAAACUAUCAAACAAAUCAAACAGGAGAGGAAACAGUCCCAAUAAUUUUAAAAAAUUCAUUUAAAAAUUUAUGUAAUAAUAUAAAUUUUGAUAACAAUAAUGUAACAAAAAAAAUCUCACCAAAUCAGUAUCAUGGAAAGAUAGAUGAAUAUAAUUCAUAUUUAACUUUCAGCAAUGAAACUUCUAAUGAAAAAUGUCAAUCUUUUCCUUCAUCUCUCAAUAACAAUUGUAGUUAUCAACAAUUCUCAACGAGGGGUGAUGAAGUGUCAAAUUGUCUUAAUGUUAGAAGUUCAAUGAAUGAAAUUGUAAACAAUUCAUCUUUUACAAUCAACAAUAAUAUGCCUUAUGUAAUGAAUACUACAUCUGCAAGGAUGAUAUUUAAUUAUGAUGAUAAAAAUUGCUUCUUUGGUUAA